CUUAGCGCUGGCACCCGCACCCCGCCCGCUCCGAGGUCCUCUGGGCGCACAGGCCAGGGAUGCUCUGCACUCCUGUGCUGCGCCAGCUCUCGGAGACAUGGGGCGCGCCCCGUGGGCCGCCGCGGUCCUGGGGCUGCUGCGCUUCUGCUUGGCCCAGGCCAACUUCGCCCCUCAUUUUUUCGACAACGGAGCGGGCAGCAGCAACGGAAACAUGGCCUUGUUCAGCCUCCCAGAGGACACCCCCGUAGGCUCUCAUGUGUACACCCUCAACGGGACAGACCCCGAGGGAGACCCUGUCUCCUACCACAUCAGCUUUGACCCCAGUGCUAGAAACGUCUUUUCCAUUGACCAGAAUUUUGGAAACAUCACCCUGGUUGAGGAGCUGGACAGAGAGAAGGAGGAUGAGAUCGAAGCCAUCAUCAGCAUUUCCGAUGGCCUGAACCUGGUAGCAGAAAAGGUCACUAUCCUGGUGACUGAUGCUAAUGAUGAGGCGCCCAGGUUCACCCAGGAGCCUUACGUCGUCCUGGUGCCAGAGGACACACCUGCUGGAAGUAGCCUCUUUGCAGUCCAUGCUGUGGACAGGGACACAGGCUCUGGAGGGAGUGUCACCUACUUCCUGCAGAGCCUCCACCUCACCAAAUUUGCCAUGGACCGCCACAGUGGUGUGCUGCGCCUCCAGGCCGGGGGCACUCUGGACUACGAGAAGUGCCGGACCCACUUGGUCACCGUGGUUGCCAAGGAUGGAGGGGGCAGGCUACGAGGGGCCCACGUGGUGUUCUCAGCCACCACCACAGUCACAGUCAAUGUGGAGGAUGUUCAGGACAUGGCUCCUGUCUUCGUGGGCACACCCUACUAUGGCUACGUGUACGAGGACACCCUUCCGGGCUCAGAGGUGUUGACGGUGGUCGCUGUGGAUGGAGACCAGGGCAGGCCCAACCACCUUGUCUACAGCCUCAUGAACGGGAGCAGUGGAGCCUUUGAAAUUAAUGAGACAUCCGGAGCCAUCUCAGUCUUGCAGAACCCUUCCCAGCUGCGCAGAGAGGUGUAUGAGCUGCACGUACAGGUGACAGAGGUCAGCUCUGUGGGGAGCCCAGCUGCCCAGGCCGUGGUCCCUGUCACCAUCAGGAUCGUGGACCUCAACAACCACCCGCCGACGUUCUACGGAGAGAGCGGGCCCCAGAACAGGUUUGAGCUGUCCAUGUAUGAGCACCCACCCCAGGGCGAGAUCCUGCGAGGCCUCAAGAUCACUGUCAACGACUCCGACCAGGGAGCCAAUGCCAAAUUCAACUUGCGACUUGUGGGACCUGGAGGCAUCUUCCGAGUGGUCCCACAAACUGUACUCAAUGAAGCCCAGGUCACCAUCAUUGUGGAGAACUCAGCUGCCAUUGACUUUGAGAAGUCCAGAGUGCUGACCUUCAAGCUCCUGGCCGUUGAAAUGAACACCCCGGAGAAGUUCAGUUCCACGGCAGAUAUUGUGAUCCAGCUCCUGGACACCAAUGACAAUGUCCCCAAGUUCACCUCCCACUACUAUAUUGCCAGGAUCCCUGAGAAUGCCCCAGGCAGCUCCAACGUGGUGGCUGUCACGGCUGUGGAUCCAGACACGGGAUCCUGGGGCCAAGUCAAAUACUCCAUCUAUGGGACCGGGGCAGAUCUGUUCCUGAUCCACUCCUCCACUGGGCUUAUCUACACCCAGCCCUGGGCCAUCCUGGAUGCUGAGGCCACAGCAAGGUACAACUUUUAUGUGAAGGCAGAGGACAUGGAAGGCAGGUACAGCCUGGCUGAGGUCUUUGUCACUCUGCUAGACAUCAAUGACCACUACCCCCAGUUUGGAAAGAGCAUCCAGGAGAAGACAAUGGUGCUGGGGACCCCAGUGAAAAUUGAGGCCACAGACCAGGACGCAGAGGAGCCCAACAACCUGGUGGACUAUUCCAUCACCCAUGCGGAGCCGGCCAAUGUGUUUGACAUCGAUGCACACACAGGGGAGAUCCGGCUCAAGAACUCCAUCCGCUCCCUGGAUGCCCUGCACAACAUCACACCCAUCGGGGACUAUAGGUGGUCCCUAGAGGUGCAGGCCAAGGACCGAGGCUCCCCAUCCUUCAGCACCACGGCCUUACUCAAGAUUGAUAUCACAGAUGCUGAGACGCUGUCCCGAGACCCUGUGACUGCCUUCCUGCUGCAGACCAAGGACAACCCCAUGAAGGCCAUGGGUGUGCUGGCCGGCAUCAUGGCCAUUGUUGUGGCCAUCACCGUCCUCAUCUCCACUGCCACCUUCUGGCGCAACAAGAAGUCCAACAAGGUCCUGCCCGUUCGCCGCGUGCUCCGAAGGCGGUCCAGCCCUGCACCCCGCAGCAUCCGCAUCCAGUGGCUCAAGUUCAGGAGGACCAAGACCGCCACCAAGUUCAUGCUCAAGGAGAAGCCCCCCAACGAGAACUGCAACAACAGCAGCACAGGAGCCCCACUUCCCCCCAAAGCUCCAUCUCUCCCUCCACUCGCCAGAAUGGCACCCAACACAGUCGCACACUGGAUGGUGCCUACUGUCUCUGGAUCCCUCGCCCCCCAGAAACCCCAACAGUCACCCAAGGCCCUGGCCUUGGGCAGCCCUGUCAGGUCAUCUGUGGUCUCUGAGCUCAAGCAGAAGUUUGAGAAGAAGAGUGCAGACAAGAAGGCUUACUUCUAGGGUGUAGCCUGUGGCCAUGUCUUCCUCCCCCACCCCACCUGACCACUCCACUGCUUCCACAGUGCUCCCCACCCUGUCCUCCUGAAGGUCACUCCUGUUUUGUAUAGUGAUAUAAACUCCCAUUUACAGGGCUCUGGAUGGGGCUUUGAGCCCCGGGCUCCUCAGGUGAUAGAACGGGCAACUCUCCCAUCAUCCACAUCCUGGGCACAGCUGGAACGCUCCCUGUUCUUCAGGAGCUGCUCUCUGUAUCCUGUGCUCACCAACUCCAGACCUCACAGUCCCUCUGGUCCCCCUGUGGUCUCAUCAUCCUUCCUCAAGGAGCCAUGGGUGACAAGGCCAGUGAACUUCUGGAUCCUGAAGCCUGCGGCUAAGAGCAGAGGCAGGAAAGGGAGGUUGAGCCCUGCAAAGCCUGUGGUCAGCAAAGCAUGCAGGCCACAAGAGAGCAGAUCUGGGGCAAGGAGAGGGCAGAGAUGUCCUGAGAACUCAUGUUGAGUGCAGGGCUGCACCCAAAGCCACGGAAACCAUAGGGCCUGGCGAGGUCAUGUGAGAUCAUAGGGUGAGAUCAUGGCCCCUGCUCUGCCCAGUGGACCCAGCAAUUCGCUGUGUGGGAUGGGCUUUGCUGAGAGCACAGCAGAAGUCCCCAGUCAGAUUGUCCUGGGCCCAGAAGCUGGAGCCUCAGUGAGAGCCUGAGGGCACCGAGAAGAGCAUCAGAGCCCUCUUUAAAGGACAGAAGGAGGGCUGAGAUCUGGAGAGACUUCUGCUUUUACCCAGCUCUGUUCACUUGUGUAACCUUAGGGAAGCUGGUUUCUGUUUUUGAGAUGUGGUCUUGCUGCGUUGCCUGGUCCAGCCUAAAACAUGAGAGCCUCUUGGCUCAGCCUCCUGAGCAGCUGGGAUUACAGGUAUGUACCACCCUGACCAGCUUUAGGGAAGCUGUUUAAACUCAUCAUCAUCUUCCUCAUCUGUAAAGUGAAGGAAGUAAGCCCCAUGAAAACAGCAGUGUGAGGGCUUUAGCCACAUACAAACCAGCAUUCAGUACUUGGAGCAGUCCUCCCCGGAAGUAUUAGACCGUCACAGCUACUUUCCCAGGUACCCCCAGGGGGUGCUGUGCUGAGCAUGGGAGCAGCAGAGCAGAUGAUGACUUUGCCCUUGCCAUCCCCCUUCCCUCUCCCUCACCCCAUGCCACUGCCAGAGAGAAAAAGAGCUCAGCAGCAGCGUCCAGUCCAAGCCUGGGGAAGUGGUUGGUCCAAUGUUACUGUUGGUAGCAGGGUUCUGGUCUGAGGGUCCCCACCUCCUCCAAGUUUUCCUCUAGCUGGGGUGUGACCAUCUCUGCCAGAAGAGAAGUCCUCCAGGGCCUCUGUCGUUAAUUCAAAGGAGUUCUGUCCUGGUUAAGGAUGUCUGGGUAUGCACACAUGCACAUGGGGAGAAAAAAGCAGGAUGGUUCUUUGUAUUUGCUCAACUUGUGAAUCAGCCCUCUAGACUGUGCCCAGGAGUGUGAACAGAGGCUGUGCACAUGUGGCUUUCCUGGUGUCCUGUCUGUGUUUUGAGGUGUUACUGAGAUGUGCCAGUAUGCAGAGUCCUUUUGGGGUGUCUGCAGUCCCUGACCCAGAGGAGCCCAGACUGGAUAGGGACUUUCCAGCCCAUGUUUUAGGAGAGGGCUGAACCAAGGUUACCUCUCCAGAGAAUACAGUGCCCUUCCGACAUGCAUGCAAUCCACCUCUUUUGUAAAUGGUAAAUAAAAUCUGUAACCCGAAGGACAA